CUACCAAUCAGGAACAAGAGGAGAAGGAGUCGAAGGACCAGUAAACACAAGAACUGAGGAACACGUUGUUUUUUAGAGGUUUUGUGUUCUCAUUAUUUGCGACUUUCGCUAAUCAGAUUUAAUUUUCUGGCUCCUUUUCAUGAGACAACGGAAUUCACAGAAGAUUUUUUGGAUUUUUUGUUGAAAAUCAAGAAAAGUUGAUCUUCGAGAUCUUCAUAUUUUUAUGGUAAAAGAUAUCGCUCCAGUAAAGCAUCAUGGACAACAAUUUUGCAAACAUGAGCCCUGACGAGCGCAAAGACGCCAUAAGUAGAAUUGUGCGGAAAAGGCGUGCUGUGGCCAAACCUGAUUCAUUAAAAAUCCUCUCCAUCAAGGCGAUUUCCUUGAAUUGCAACAAAUACCUUAACAGAGUGGAAAACCCAUUGAGAUUUUUACCAAGCACGAUUGUCCAGGAGUUUAUCCAGAUGAUCAAAGAAUCUAGAUAUACCACAAACAGACUGAUACCUAAAGAUGCUGAGAUGUCAUUUGUCAAACUGCUGCUCAAUGAAAACUUGACAGAAUUCAACCCGUACGAUUUCAACCCUUACUCCAGAUCAACGUACGGAAUGUACUACAAUCACAUUCUUGAGCAUUGUCCCAACAUUACCAAGAUCAUCAGAGGUCGCACUGAUUUCCACAGUGGCAACGAGGAAUUUCCAAUGGGUGACCUACUCAAAUGGAGAAACCUGAAAUAUUUUGGAUUCCAGAACUUCCUGUGUGGUGAUGAGCAAUUGCAACAAAUUUCUGAGCACAUUCCAAAACUAGAGGGCAUGGAAAUUUCUGUGACGAAGGACACAAUAACUGAGAAAGCAGUCGAGUACUUCUCAAAAAUGAAGCACUUGAAACAUCUUUCCUUAAAAACAGGAGCUGAAGAUAAAUGCGUUGAUUUGAAACUCAUCGUUGAUUGUGUUGGCAACAUCCCAAAUUUGCAAACUUUUCAACUGAAUGACACAUUUGAGGGCCCCGACAUGACCAAAGACUUUGUGCAGAUGUAUGGACUAUUAUUUCCUAAGAAAAAGCUCAUUGCUACAAAUUUAAGAAUUCGCACUCCGUUUGAAAUUGAUUUGCCGUCAAAUUUGCUGGUGGAGAAGCUGGAGGUCCAAGGAGAACAAAGUGCCUUGACUGUCCAGAAAUUGUCCUCAAUGCCCAACCAUCCUAAAGAGCUGAUUUUCAAUGCUGUCCCAUACCAUCAAGUCUACCCGAUUCUCAAAUCACAUGGACCUCAUAUCAAGGAUUUGGAGUUUCUGGACUUUGCUAGCGAUGGAGCUCCUUUGGGCGACAUGAACCUGUACACCGUAAUUGAAUUCUGUCCAAAUUUGGAAGUGCUUUCUUACAAAUCAAGCGAUGAAGAGCUGAAAGAAUCUUAUGGUACCAAACUGCCACUGAAGAAUUUCAGAAACUGGAAAAAAUUUGACAUUGAAGAUGACACUGGAGGAUAUGACGACGGCAACGAAGAUGAUAAAAUUUCGGUGGUGGACAAGAUUUUCAAGCUUUUUGUUCUCGGGAGUGAAAACUACAACCGCACUCUGCACUUAAAAACAUUUGGCCAGAUCAAAGUCCUGCUAGAAGCUUUGAAAGAAAACUCAACCUGCUUGAGCAAUUUGGAGAAAAUCAAGAUUGAUUUGUACAAGGAUCCCAUGAUUGAGCAUGCGGUUCAAGUUGCAGAGAAACUGAUCUUCCGUUCACCUUACCUCAAGAAAAUCAAAUUCCACUCAUACAGCAUGGACGCAUCAUCUACUCCUCAUGAAAUAAGGAUGGCACACAAGUGGUUUAACGAAUUGGUCCAAGGUGUCGGAGUCUACUUCAAGAAUGUUUGUGAAGUCAAGAUGGGGAAGGAUGACAGCUCUUUUGCGGAAUUCACUGAACUGGAGGACAGUGACAGUGAAGGCGAUAAUGACCUGAUGGACAGUGAGGAUGGUUCGAGCGAGGACAGCUUCCAGAUGAUGAUCAGAGAAGACCAACUCAAUUGGGACACAGCCAAUGAAGAUGGAUCUGAUGAAGAUUUUGAUGGAUUUUGGUAAAUACUUCCCAUAAAACUUUGUAAACUCAAUUAUUUUUUUUCCUCAUAAACCAUGUGCAGGUAAUGCAACUUAAAACUAAACAGAAAAAUGAAGUAUC